AUAAUAAUAAUCAUGUCGAUAGAAUUGAUGAUGGUGAUAAUUGCAAUGAUGAUGAUGAUGAUGAUGAACCGACAGCUUCAUUAAUGGCUGAAGAAUUACUUUCAAAUCGUUUUGUAUUACAUAAUAAUAAUAAUAAUAAUAAUUCAUCUUUAUCAUCUAAACAAUCACAACAACAUUAUAGUGCCAUAAUGCAUACUUAUGCAAAUCCAUUUCAAAAUUGUAAUGUAUCAUCUUCAGGUGGAUAUUCAGAAGAUACAACCGGACCAAUAAUACCGACCGAUUUGAAUACAAUGAGGCCUUCGCAGUUAUUAAAAAAUUCAUUUGCUGGUUCGGGUCCACCUCCGGCUAGUCUUCAAUCAAAUCAUAGUGGUGGAGGUGUUGGCCGUGAUCAUCUUCAUCAUAAUAAUAAUCUAGUCUCAUCAUAUCUAAUACAAAGAUUAUUGUCAUAUUUUCGUGCCGAACAGAAACAACCUCCCAAUGAUGAUGAUGAUGAUGAUGAUCAUAAUAUGAAUUUACGUAAUCGAUGUUGUUGUAAUGGUUCCAAUUCUAGCUCAUGGUUACGUUCAUUUUCAACGCUUACAUUGAUAAUUUUGAUUUUUAUUCUGAUUAUCAUUAUUAUAUUCCUCACAGCCCUACACAAAGAAAAUAUGAUAGAUCAAACAACAAAAUUUCGAACAAAAUCAAAUAUCGAUGAUACCAAUAAGGUACCAUGUGUAGUUGUUGAAGACCUGGAUCAACAUUCAACAUCACACCUGGCCACUAAUCAAUAUGGUAUACAACGUACGAAUAUUAUUGAUGAUAAUAUGCAACAUCUCAAUAAUGGUGAUGAUCCAUUGGUUUCAAAUUGUCCAAAAUAUUUUCCCCGUGAUUCAUCCCAUUAUAAAGAGAUCAAUCUGUUUGAUCAACAUCAUCAUCAUAAUAAUCAUCGCCCUCCUCACACUAUAUCAUCAACGAUGCCUAUUUCGCUUCGUUUAACACCUUUUUCAUCAUGGUCCAUAUGGUUCAAUCAAAUUCAAUCAUCAUAUAUUAAUUUUCAAUUUUAUGCUCCAAUUAAUACACGAUUGGCAUUGGUGGCCAAUAAAAAUGAACCACCAUCAUUGACUAUUCAUCAAAUAUUUCAAUUGAUUAGUGAGGAUACGUUGCUGAUGGAUAAUUCUAUCAGCAACAACAUUGGUAGCAAUUAUAAUAAACGCGAUUCACAGCUUGCCUUGAUGCAAUUUAAACAUUUAUUUGAUCAGGGUUCUUGGUACUUGUCGUUAGUCAACGAUAUUGAUAUAAUAAUACCACUUGUUGUAAAUAUUUCAAUAGUCCAGAAUCAAACAUCACAACAAACUAUAAAUUGUCCAAAUAAUUGUAAUAAUCAUGGCUAUUGUCAUACUGGUCGUUGUCAUUGUUUUCCGGGUUUUAUUGGCACAGAUUGCGCCGAUAAUGUUUGUCCAGUUUUUUGUAGUGGCCAUGGCCAAUAUUUACAGGGCAGCUGUCGUUGUGAAACCGGAUGGAAAGGACGAGAAUGUUCAAUUCGUUCUAAUGAAUGUGAAACUUCUGAUUGCAACGGAAAUGGUCUAUGUAUUGAUGGAAUUUGUCAUUGCCAUCCUGGAUUCAAAGGAGAUGAUUGUGAACAAGCAAAUUGCGUUGAUCCAGAAUGUUCCGGUCACGGAGUAUGUUUAGAUGGAAAUUGUUUUUGUAAAGCUGGAUUUGCAGGGCCAAACUGUAGCGAACCAGAUAGGAAAUUACACAAGUUUUUUCCGAAUUGUUCCAACCACGGUUUAUAUGAUUUAGAGAAUGAUCUUUGCAUGUGUCAUACACAUUAUUCUGGAUCAGAUUGUUCACAAUUAAGUUGUUCAUUGAAUUGUGGUCAACAUGGUUCAUGUCGAGAAGGUCGUUGUAUUUGUGAUGAUGGUUGGUAUGGUUCAAAUUGCCAACAUAAAAAAUGUGAUAUUCGUUGCCUUGAACACGGUAAAUGCCAUAAUGGUACCUGUCAUUGUCAGAAUGGAUGGAUGGGCAAACAUUGUACCCUAAAUGGCUGUCCAAAUACAUGUUCAAAACAUGGUCAAUGUGUUCCUAUUGUAACAGCUAUUAGCAAUUACAAUAAUAAUAAUAAUAAUCGUGAUGAUUUUGAUGAUAUUGAUGGCGAUAAUGAUGACGAUAAUACUAUCGAAUGGAGAUGUCAAUGCAAUGAUGGUUGGGAUGGACAUGAUUGUUCGGCACCACAGGAAACAAACUGUAACGAUGAAAUAGACAAUGACAAUGAUGGGCUGGUUGAUUGUGCCGACAGCGAAUGUUGUCACCAUGAGCAAUGUGGUCAUCAAUCAUUAAUGUGUAUUACAUCUCCGGAUCCGUUGGAUAUUUUAUUACAAAAACAGCCACCAUCACCAACGUCGUCAUUUUUUCAAAAAGUUUUAUUUCUUAUUGAGGAUGGCAGUGUACAAAGUUAUUCCCAAAAAGAUGUCUAUUCACCAAAACGUGCAUCCGUCAUACGAGGUCAAGUUGUUGGUAAAGAACUGAAUGGACUUAUCGGUAUUCGUGUAAGCGUAGUCAAUGAUCUUAAAUAUGGAUUCACAUUAACUAGAUCAGAUGGAUGGUUUGAUAUUUUGGUUAAUGGUGGCGGUAUAAUUACAUUACAAUUUCAACGAAAUCCAUUUUAUCCGAUUAAAAAAUCUGUCUAUGUUGCAUGGAAUGAUAUUACUGUCAUUCAAAAUCCAAUUGUAAUGUAUUUAGGACCAUCAUCAUCAUCAUCGCAAUCAUCAUCAUCAUCAUCUUCAUCUACAACUAUGAACAAUGAUCAUCAUGGAAAUGAAUUUCAUAGCUUUUUACUUAAUUCAAGAAUUCCAUUUGUAUUUCAUAAUUUAUUUUCACAUUCAGAUUUUGGUGAAAGCAAUUGGCGUAAAUGGAUAGCUAGAGGAUUGUAUAAUGAAAGUAAAGAUCAUCAUUCAUUCAAUUCUGAUUCAUCAUCAAAUCGUUGUCUAGAACAUCAUUAUGAACAUAUGAAACCGAUAAUUCGUGACCAUAUUUUUCAGUCUUCCAAAUUUUUUUCAACGCCCAACAAAGAACCUAUCUGUGAUAAAGAUAACUGUAUUAUAGCGGAAACGCAGACUGUUCAUGAAAAGAUACGUAUCGGUACCACUAGAUUAUAUGUUGUUUAUCAAAGUUCACAAUCUCAAGGUUAUAGUUCAACAUUGGAUAUUCAACUUACACCAGAUAUUAUUCCUAAAUCAUUACGUUUCCUAUUGUUACGAAUAUUGAUCGAAGGAAAUAUUCAUGAAAAAAUUUUCGAAGCUGAUCCUAAUCUUCGUUAUACAUUCACAUGGAAUAAACAAAAUGUCUAUAAACAAAAGGUCUAUGGAUUUGCUCAUGCUAAAAUCUAUGUCGGUUAUUAUUACUAUGAUUGUUCCUAUAUUCUAUGGACUGCUUUAACAACAAAACUUCGUGGUUAUGAUAUGGAAUUAUCUGAGAUUGGCCAAUGGAAUCUAGAGAUUCAUAAUCGAUACAAUCCAAAUGAUGGUGUAUUUCAACGUGGUGAUGGUCAAUUUCUGAGCUUUAAAGAUGAUCCACGAUUACCAUUGGUUAUUGAACCAAUUGCCGGUAUUGAUAGUCAUCCAAGAUCGUUUGCCUGUAUGAAUCCAAGUGAAUGUAAUACUGAUAUUGGAUCAUCACGUUUCUUUUCAUUGGUUACGUUAGCUAAUGCACCGGACGGUAGUGUUUUUGUUGGCGAUUCAAAUCUAAUUCGACGAAUCACACCAGACGGUCAAAUUUAUACGGUUUAUAAACUAAGAACAAGUACAAAUAGGCAGAAUUUUGAAUAUCAUAUUGCAUUCAAUUCGAUUGAUCAAUAUCUAUACAUUUCUGAUCCUGAACGAUUUCAAAUAAUUCGUGUGCCAAUCCAAGAAAAAUAUGAAUCUAAUCAGGAAAUUACAAUACCAGAAGCAGAGAUAGUUGUUGGAACCGGUGAACAAUGUUUUCCACACGAUCGAUCUAGUUGUGAUGAUGGAAAAACUGGUGUCGAAGUUCAACUUAUUUAUCCUAAAGAUUUAGCGUUUGCAAACGACGGUUCUUUAUUUUUUUCCGAUGGUAAUGUUAUACGGAUAUUAGAUACGGCUGGUUAUGUUAGACGUGUUGUCGGACAAUUUACCAAACGACAAUGGAAACCGAUAUCCUGUCAAUCAAGCCAUUUCGCUGAUCAUAUCAAACUAAAGUGGCCAACUAGUUUAGCCAUUCAUCCACUAGAUGGCUCACUGUUCUUCGUCGAUAAUCAUGUCUUGUUUAAAUUGAAUCAAAAUAUGCAGGUAUCAAUUUUGUCCGGAUAUUCAUCAUUUUGUCUUGAAGAUUCAGAUACAAUGCACAAGAAUAAUGAGAUCGAUUGUGAUAGUUCACUGUUGAAUGCUCAAACUUUGUCAUUAUGUGGCGAAGAAUUUCUAUUCGGUAGUAUAGCUUUUGCACCAAAUGGCAUUUUAUACAUUGCCGAUAUUAGUCGUCGUAAUGAGAAUAGAAUUUUCGCCUAUAUGCCUGAUGGGUCAUUGCGACAUAUUGCUGGAUUCCGAAUGAAAAAAUCUAGCCAUCAAAACCAAUGCCCAGUUGAAAAAUGUAUCGAUAUGGCUGGUCAAAAUUGUACUUGCCUAAUUGCCGAUUAUGAUUCUAAUGAUUCGACUAUCGAAGCAAAGAUCGCUUUAAAAGCAAGAUUGAAUUCAAUAUCAGCCAUGACUAUCACUGGUAAUGGCGAUAUUUAUAUUGCCGAUGAAGGUCUACUCCGACUUUAUUUAAUGAGAUCAUAUUUACCACAAUUGGAUGAUCAACAUGAAAUCAAAAUUCUAAUUCCCAAUGCAGCCGAAAUGUAUGUGUUCAACAAAUAUGGCCAACACGUUAGAACCAGAAGUAUUACGACUGGUCGAACAUUGUAUUCAUUUGUCUAUAAUCAGGACAAUAAUCUUGGUAAAUUAACACAAGUUAUUGAUUCAUCUGGUCACAAAAUCCUGUUCAUACGAGAUCAAACAGGAUCAUUGCAUAUGAUUGAAAGUACAUCUUUAGCAUUAAAGUGUCGAAUUACCACCAAUAAACAAGGUCUAUUAGAGUCAUUCAUAAAUGGCGGCAAUAUUAGCAUCAAUUUUGAUUAUUAUAACAAUGGUCUGAUCCGAUCACGAGAAGAAUCUGAUACUGGUAAAUCUUAUUUUUAUCAAUAUAAUAGAAAUGGUCGUAUUAGGCAAUACAUUCGACCAAAUGGCGCUUUAAUUAACAUACAUUCAUCAAUAGACCAUAAUAACUAUCAACAUCAUUUGACUGCAACUGAAAUGCCCUUAUUUAUAACGAACAAACAUCAUCAAGCUCCAUCAUCUAGCAAUAAUUUUGAAUAUUUGCCCAUAGGACAAACAACCGACCUGAUAAUCGGUGAUAAUUCGAUGAUUAAAUUCUCUCAGCAUGGAACGACUUUUGAGUUAAGUUCAUUAAAUGAUGGCUCCUUACGGCUAAAUACCAGUAGACAAAUCCGUGCUCAUUUAAAUGAGAAAGUGAGCAAACUAUCAUUGGAUAUGCUAGCUAUACAGGCACAGCUUUUUCCAUUCAUUUCAAAAUUUACGGUGGCACAAACAACGAUAAAUGGACGUGAUCAGCAACAAAAUAAAAACGGACAAACAUUGGAUAUGGAGAUUGAUUAUAAUCUUCGAUUGAAAUCAUCAUUCAUCGAUUCUGUGGAAAAAUUGAUCACUAUCAAUGAUAGUUUAACAAUGAAAAUUGAAUACGAUUGGAAUGCUAAUCGAGAAAUUUAUUAUAAUCAAUCACAACGACCGAUACUAUUUUUACAAUAUGAUGAUUAUGGCCGACCUAUUCAAUGGAUACCAAAUAUUAAGGAACAUUGGCAAGCACAUAGUGUUACCUAUGAUAAAUUGGGAAAAUUAGAUACGUGGCAAAAUGGUCAACACACACAACAUUAUCAACGGGAUCGUGUUGGUCGUCUGACUGAAUUACGACAGGCCGACUAUCAGAUUCGUUAUAGUUAUCCAUCAAUUGAUAAUGACCAGCUGAACAAUCCUAGUUUUAGCUUACCAUCAUCAGUUACAUUGAAAAGUGGCCAAAAAUAUAUUUUUGAUCUUGAUCACGUUGGUCGUAUACAGACCAUCAUUACGCCCAAAGGUUCUCGGCACAAUCUUUCAAUCAGUCUUGUGCUCGGUGCUUAUCGAUUUAGUUAUUGUCCUCCAUCCACUCCUAUGGCCGACAUUAAUAAUAACAUCCAUAUAUCCCCUAGUAGCCAUUGCUACCUAAUUUAUUUCGAUGAAAGAUGGCAACCGCUCAUGCGAGUACUGCCAUAUGACAAUGGCAAAAUCAUCCAUCAUUAUGGCAGUAAAUUUUCUUUUUCAAAAGAUUUGGCCAACGAUUUCAAUCGAUUGAAUGAAGAAAAUAACAUUAUUAUCGACCGAAUGAUUCAUGGCAGUGGACUAAUUGAACGAUGGUAUGAUCAAAGAAGCCAACGAACCGUUCGUGGUAUUUGGACCAAUAAUAACAUAGAAUUUGCCAUUCAAUAUAAAUAUAUUCGAUCUAGUUCAUUGUUAAAACACCAAACCUAUCUAUUUUCCAACAUUCAUUCAAUUUCUCAAUUUUCUUAUAGCUAUCGUUAUGAUAAUAUGAUGAGAUUACGAUCUAUUCAGGCUAAACUUGGCUCAAUCACAUUGCCAAGUUGUGAUUUUACUUAUGACUCGAAGGGACAGAUCGAAUCGAUCGGAAGUUUCCGUUAUUUUGAGCAUGUAUUCAACGAAACAUUAAUAGGCGAUGGAAUUGCAUUGCUUGUUCGACGCUAUGAUCCAAUUAAACAACGACUUCGUCAUAAUAGCCUUACGGUAUCGGACAAAGAGGUAUUCCGUUCCGAUUUCAUCUACGAUGCUAAUGGCCUACUCAUUCAAACACGUACAUUCAUGCAUCAUCUUGGAGCCAAUAAAGUUCGGCUACAGAAUUUUACUUAUGAUGCUGAUGGACAACUCAUUGAAAUGCAAGGUCGUGAACAUUGGCGUUUUAUUUAUGAUGCUAAUGGCAAUCUGAUCACAUUUCUUUAUAUGGGUAAUCGUGUUGACAUUGAAUACGAUAUGGCCGAUAGAAUUCGUAAUUUUGGUAAAAGUCAACAUAAUUCGGCCAUAAGCGGUACAACACCGUACGUGACCGAUUUACGUGGAUUUAUCAUACAAAGAGGCGAUGAAUAUCUUUACUAUAAUAAUUUGGGACAAUUAUUACAGGCUAUUACGCCAAGUCGUUAUGAAGUAAACUAUGUAUAUGAUCAUCAUGGCAGAUUGGUUUUGCGACGUGAUCAUCACAAAAAUGUAACGCAAUAUUUAUAUGGUCAUCCACUUAAACCUUAUCUGGUCACACACGCAUUCAACAAUGCCAAUGGUGGUGUUCUUUCAUUAAUCUAUGAUGAUAUUGAUGACCUACUCAUCAUGAUUCGAUUGAAUAAUGAAAAUUUCUAUGUUGUUUGUGAUCAAACAAAAAGUCCAAUGUUGAUAUUUGAUCAUCGUGGUCAGGUGGUAAAAGAAAUUCAUCGUAGUCCAUAUGGCCAUGUAUUGUUCGAUUCGAAUCCAAAUUUCUAUAUACCAGUCGAUUUUAAAGGCGGUAUACCCGAUCCGUUAACCAAUCUAAUUCAUUUUAAUUUUAUUGAUCAUCAUCAUCAUCGACAACAUCUUUAUGAUACGUUGACCGGUCGAUGGCUGAUUCCCAAUAUUGAUCAAUUGUUAGAGAAAAAUCUCAUUAAAUUCCCACGAGCUGUAAACAUGUAUCAAUUUGAACAGAAUGAUCCUAUCAAUGAUCAUCGAUAUUCAGGCUUGAAAGAUUCGAAUAAUAACGAUGAUGAUCAUCAUCGUGUGGAGAUAAUGUCCUUGUCACAGAUACAAACAUCAUUACUACAAUAUACUUCCUCGCUAGUCAACCAAGACAUUGGCCAUGUUCCUCAAUUGUUUCUUCUGACACAAUUCGCACCAAUAUUUGAAAAUAUUCGCAUCCAUAGUUUAAAAUCUUCAACCAUAUCAUCAUUACAAACAUUAUUAUUCGACCAUGUACAAAAAUUUUCAACUUUUCAAUCGAAUUAUUAUUCAAAGCUCACACAAAACGAUUGGACAGAUGAACAAAAUGCUCGGUCAUUGAUCACAACAAAAAAUGCCUUGUUUGGCAAAGGAAUCAUUUUGAGUUUAAUGAUCAAACCGAAUGCUAUUAAUGGUGUUGAUCAAACUACUGAUAUUCUUUCCGUACAUUUUAGUCAUUCAAUAACGGACACCUUAUUGCGUGAAUCAUUAAACUUUCUCGUGAAUGGUUCACAUCUAUUAGAUGUUCAUUUGAUCAUGGCUGGUCAAGAUCAUUACUAUCUAGUCAACGAUAUUACAAUGGCCGCCGAUUUAGGACCGAUGAUAGCAAAACUCAAACAAUAUCAAUCUCGACUAAAUUUAACUGUUCAAGAAGUUCAUAAUAACGAUAAUGAUGAUAAACGAAUGACAAUUGAAGUUCGAAUAGAUCAAUCAUCAGUCAUAUGGAACAUACGUUUUGGUACUACCAUAACCAAAGAACGAGAACGUGUAUUAAAGAUGGCCAGGAAAUAUGCAAUUCAACAGCGUCUUGUUCAUGAACGAAUCAACAUUGUUCGAAAUGGUUAUUCACGAUGGAAUGAUCAGGAAAAACAAUUUCUAAUGACAGUAAAAAAUGAUCAUAAUUGGUAUAGUUCAAUUGGCAGUCUAUUACGUGUCGAUUAUCAAUAUUCAAUAAAUGAAUUGACCGAAGAUCCGGAUAAUAUUGUUUUCAAACGCUCAGCCAAAUCGUGAUUCAAUUAUUAUUUUACUAUGUUUUUUUUAUGGAUUCAUUUUGAUUUUUUUGUUAUUUCCUUUCAUUCAA